AUUGUGGUACCUAUAUAUUUUCAUAUGUGACAGGAAUGUUUAUAGUCAAAAUCUUGCAAUGCACCAGAAGCCCAGUGUUGAACAUUGGCCAAAUGUUACUUAAAAAAUCUGUUCUCGCAGGUGAUCCUACAAAAUUUUCAUUCCAUCUGUUUAGAAAUACAAGUGCAAAUUCUUUUUCCACUAUAAGGUCAUCAUCUGCAACUAUGGGCAAAGAUGCUGUGGCUGAACGGUGGGAGAAAGAAAUCUUGCGGUCUUGUGAGGACAAACGACUUUACCGCUUCCUGAAGCUCAAGAAUAACCUUAAAGUCUUUCUGAUAUCUGAUCCUACUACUGAUAAAUCUGCUGCCUCUUUGGAUGUGCAUGUUGGAUCAAUGAGUGACCCAUGGGAGUAUCCUGGUCUUGCACAUUUCUGUGAGCACAUGCUCUUCCUUGGCACUGAGAAGUAUCCCAGUGAGAAUGAGUACACCAAGUAUCUCUCAGAGCACAGCGGCAGCAGUAAUGCAUAUACAGCAUCAGAUCACACCAACUACUACUUUGAUGUUUCUCCUGAUGCCUUCAAGGGUGCACUAGAUAGAUUUGCUCAGUUCUUUCUCUGUCCCCUGUUCACCGAGAGCUGCGUGGAACGGGAAGUCAAGGCUGUGCAUUCAGAACAUGAGAAAAAUGUACUUAACGAUUACUGGCGCUUGGGUCAGCUUGAGAAAAGCACCUGCAGCUCUACUCAUCCUUACUCCAAGUUUGGCACCGGCAAUAUGUCCACUCUUUUUGAUGAGCCCAUUCAGAGGGGCGAUAGUGUAAGAGAUGCACUCCUUCAGUUCCAUAAUCAGUGGUAUUCUGCUAACGCCAUGGGCCUCUGCAUUCUUGGCAAAGAAUCAUUGGACGAGUUGGAAGAGCUAACCGUUGACCUCUUCAGUGAUGUUGAGAACAAAAACAUCACAAUACCGAGCUGGCCAGAGCAUCCGUUUGUUGGCCCUCCCCACACCGGCUACAUCGUUCCUGUCAAGGACAUCCGCCACCUGCACAUCACCUGGCCUCUGCCUGACCUCAGAGAGCAUUACAAAUCGGGACCUGGCCACUACCUCGGUCAUAUAAUUGGGCACGAAGGCAAAGGAUCGCUAUUGUCGUUUUUGAAGAACCAGGGUUGGGUCAACUCCCUGGUGGGGGGGCAUAAGAGCGGCGCCAGGGGCUUUUCCUUCUUCUGCGUCAACGUGGAUCUCACCGAGGAUGGCAUCAACCAUGUUGAUGACAUCACCGUCGCCGUCUUCCAAUUUCUGAACUUGCUACGUAAAUCUGGACCGCAGAAGUGGAUAUUUGAAGAACUGCAGAAGCUGAGCUCCAUCUCCUUCAGGUUCAAAGACAAGGAGCGUCCGCAGUCCUACGUCACGAGUAUUUCCGAGUCACUUUAUUACUACCCGCCAGAGGAGGUGCUGAGUGGUCCGUAUCUGCUCACAGAGUUUGACGAAGCUCUCAUCAUGUCCUUACUGGAGCAACUCACUCCUCAGAACGCCAGACUUGCUGUUGUUGGCAAGCAGUUAGCACCAAAAGCUACGAAAAGUGAGAAAUGGUACGGGACGCAGUACGAGCUGGAGGAUGUUCCUGAUGAAACACUGAAAGUGUGGCAGGGGUGCUGCCACAACCCAGCCUUCUCUCUGCCCAAGCCAAACCCUUUCAUUCCUCAGAAUCUCGAAUUAUGCCCCGAAAGUGAUGGAGUAACGGUCUUGCCUGAGAAGAUCUUGAGCACGCCAUUGAUGACGGUUUGGUUCAAGCAAGACACUGAGUACAAACUUCCUAAGAACAACAUGUAUGCCGAGUUCUUCAGCCCGAUCGCGUACCUGGACCCUCAGAACACAAACCUGCUGCACAUGUUUGCUCAGAUGUACCGUGACGCGCUCACCGAGUACGCAUACGACGCAGAGCUUACCAGCCUUGAAUAUUCUCUCAAUAACUCCAAGUAUGGACUUACGUUGAACGUGCGCGGCUAUUCUGACAAGCAGCCGGUGUUUGUGCGCAAGAUUAUGGAGAAGCUCAUGAACUUCAAAGUUGACCCGAAGAGGUUUGAGAUCCUCAAAGAAAACUACAUCCGUGGACUGUGCAACUUCAGCGCUGACCAGCCUCACCAGCACGUGGUGUACUACACCUCGCUGCUCAUGUCACAGUUUGGCUGGAGCAAGGAGGACCUUUUGCAAGCUGCUAAACAAGAUUUGACAGUGCCUGCCCUGGAGACGUUCAUGAAGUCGUUCCUGAGUGAGCUGCACGUGUCGUUGUUGGUGCACGGGUCCGUGUCGCGGGACUGGGCGCUGUCGCUUGCUGCACUCGUCACCACGCCGCUCCAGGAACGCGACCCCCCCACUCGCCAUCUUAUUGGGUCGCAGCUGCACAGACAGCGAGAGGUCAAACUUCCUAAAGGCAGCAGCUACGUAUACGAAGCUUAUAAUGACGUGCAUCUGAGCUCUGCCGUGGAGUUGGUACUGCAAGGAGACCUUCAGAGCACCAAACAAAAUGCUCUCUUCGAGCUCGUCUCUCAGAUCUUACACGAACCUGCCUAUGAUGAUCUCAGGACCAAAGAACAGCUUGGCUACAUUGUUUGGUCCGGACUGCGUCGCAGUCACGGCACUCAAGGCUUCCGUGUGAUCGUUCAGUCCCCUUUCUCUCCCGAGUAUCUCGACCAAAGGAUAGAGGCUUUCCUUGACAAGAUGAAGGAUCAUCUGACGAGUCUCACUGAUGAAGAAUUCAACCGUCAUCGCGAUGCUCUCAUCGACCGACGUCUUGAGAAGCCCAAGAAGCUGUCGGCACUCACGAUGCGCUGGUGGACGGAGAUCGUGUGUAAUCAGUACAACUUCAACAGGGAGAACGUCGAAGUCGAGUGCUUGAGGAACAUCUCCAAACAGGAGCUUGUGGAUCAUUACAUGAACUACAUCGCUGCUGGAGGGCGGGAGCGCGCCAAGCUGUCAGUGCAGGUGUUGUCCCGCGCUGAGGGAGGUGCUGGGAGCGACGCUCCCUCAUCUACCCCGCCCCAGGAUGCAGAAUUGAGACCACCGCCUGCCUUACCUCAGCCAGAAAAAGUGCAGUCAGUGAGCGAUUUCAAAGCCUAUUUGCCACUUUUCCCGCAUGUGAAGCCGUACGAAGAUGUUGAGACAACAUCUUUUGUUGAUUCCAAAGCUAAGCUUUAGACUGCCUCAGCUGUCGCCGCUCCGGAUUUUCUUCAUAAGUUGAGAAUUUUAAUUUAUGUCACCCAUGUUCCACUGGUUUACUUUGUCAAUUUACAUCAAACCGCCUAGUUUACGAGCAAAACUUUCCAUUGAUGUCAUGAUUAGUUUAGCUCAGCGAUGCUCGCGACUAUUGGAAACUUUCUGCUUAGCAUUUAAUGGAAUCCAAUUUAAAGUGCAUAUUGGCAUCCUUUAACAUCGAGGUAGUUUCUAUGUAUCCGCCCUCAAAAUGUCCCUUCCAGUUAUUCAUCGUGAAAAAAUAAUUUUGGUUUUCUUCUUAUAACGGUUUACCUAUGAGCUCUGUUGAGUGAAUCACGCCCUUCCAUUUAUAUAAUCGCUGAUUUAAUUGUUUACAUUUUGUGCGAUGGUUUAAAGAUAUUGGUAUUUCCCGUUAUUGUUGGUCAUACACGAAUUUUGCUUUGGCUUGCUGCACCCUUCAAUUUCUUUCUGCGAAAUCUCGUUAGCGAGCCAACUUUCGUAGUUAUCAUUAGGUCGAAGUGUAAGCAGUAAAUUUUUUUUACCAAGUAGCAUAUGAUUUUUAUUUAAUGUUUGGUUGCAACAUGCCGUUGGUACGAGUUUUUAUAUUAGUUAUCAGCAAGCAAGCAUGCUUGCAAAAAGUCGUACAGUUGAGAGUUUCAAACACAUUCCUGCAUGCCUCCGUUUGGCCUCUAUGACAAUUCAACAUUUGAAAUAGGUGGGGUGGUGUAUGCCUUCGAUUCUCAAGAACAAAGUUCCAAAUAUUUUUUCCUUUCGUUGUCCACAAUUACAACACUCGGAGCACGUUGCACAAGUAGGAGCAUUAUUUGUGAAGUGUGGGCUUGACCCCUCGGUAAAGUGGUCGCUACUCGCGUUGUUGUCGGUGUGAGCUUGUCAGCUUGAUUACGCCAGCAAGCUACGACCAGGUAGCUGAACUCCUUAGUGUAAAUUGUUCAUCAAUGUUCAGAAUAUUUUGCAACACAUUUUUAGACAAACACUCUGUUCCUAUAUGUAUUAUUUUUUCCACAACCCCAUCGGUACCAGUUUUAAACGAUUAUAAUUUGAUGGUUGACCUCCAUUUAACUCUGAAACGCAAUAUAAUUUUUUUACAUAUAAUUUUUGUCAUAUACUGAUAUCAAAGAUCGAAUCAAGCUUGAAUUACAUAAAUUUUAAAUGUUUGUCUUAAUAAAAAUGUUUAAAAAUUAAUUUAUAGAUAACGAUUAUUUGUUUGCUUUUGUUUCUUAGAUUUUACAGCUCAUGGGCGUGCCUCCGUCCAAUCUGGCCACGUAAUAUUCACUACGUAGGCUAGAGAGGUGCCUGUUUAAUAAAGUUUGAUGAAUUUCA